CUUCCUUGAAGCUUCUUGUUCACAGUUCUCUAAGCAUGGCUCCCUUCCACUACGAGCAGCGACGCCUUGAAAAUGAUCUCAUUACUUUAGAGCCAUUUGAUCCCUCCAUCCACACCCGCUCGUUAGCAGAGAUAGGAAAACAGCAUCCAUCAAUCUUCACCUACACAGCCAUGCCCUCUUUCUCCAGUGAAGAGGAAUUUCGGACUAAUUUGUAUGACAAAUAUAUUGCUCACUCGCCAGCUGAAUGUCUCUACGCGGUCAUCGACAAGAAGACGCAGCAAGUGGCAGGGAUGGUCGGCCUGGUUUCCACCAACCCCGUCAACGCGGUGACAGAGAUUGCGAUCGUGAUCUCUCCUGAUUUCCACCGCACGUAUGUCUCCAGUAACGCCGUCGGUCUGUUAUUGCUGUAUGCGCUUGAUCCCCCUUCCAAGGGCGGGUUGGGUCUCCGACGCGUCGAAUGGCAGUGUCAUGCUGAUAACGAAGCGUCGAGACGGACAGCGACACGGAUGGGGUUCGAGCUAGAGGGGAUCCUACGCUGGCACCGUGUCAUGCCGAUUGGGACGGAGGGUGUUUCGUUAUCUGUUGAUGCACUGGAGAAGAGAAAUGGUACAGUAGGAGAGAUGCCGGGCAGACAUACGGCGUUUUUUUCGAUUGUUUGGGAGGAAUGGGAGGAGAAACGGCCUAAAGUGGUUGCGCAAAUGGAGCGGAGUAAAUGACUAUACUUACUAUAUUAUGCUCACUAUAAUAUAACUACCCAGGUACUUAGUAUUCCAUACCAAC